UCGAGGCGAGUGGACGCGCUGGCGGAUGAGCGAUAUCGAUGCGAACAUUGCGUAUACGUCGUGUGUGCGGUGCGAGCCAUCGGCAGUUGUUGUGUGUGUGAAAUGAGCUGAGGAGUACUGGACACCAGGUAAAAACGGCAGGUGAGAGAAGUGAAAGCACAGCCCGAGGCCAAAGACAAGAACAAGAAAAGAAUUAAGCCGCGUUGAAGAGCGAGUGAGAGUAACAGACACCGCCAGCGGGCGGUCCAAAAAGCCAACUUCAUUUACGUCUGAAACGCAGUUGAAAUAAACGACUUCACGACACUGGCGGAUUUCCUAAAAAAUAUCCAAUCCCUGUGGCUAACGAGCUGGCUCAGCGGGAGGACCAACCGGAGCACCGGCGGUGGAAUCGGAAUCGGAUUGGGAAUCGGUGGAAUCGGUGGAAUCGGAGGAACCGGUGGCCACGAGAAGCGUUCAGUCAACGUUUACACGCUCCAGCAGGCGCACAAGUUUCCGCUUCAAUUGGACGCUGGUAAUUGCAGCCUUGAUUGCCACCAGGAGCUGGACAGGAUUCGUCAUCGUCAUCCCAGCACCCCAGUCAAAAGCAGGCAGAAAUCAACACCUUCCUCGGCAGCGGCCGGGGAAAUCUACGAAACCAAAUUUAUUGAAAGCUCAAUGGCCCAAACCAUGGACGACAUGGUCUUCCAGUGCAGCAAUCAAAAUUCGAUUUAUGUGCUUAAUGCCAGCUACGGUGCAUAUGGGGACUAUGGCACAUAUGCGGCAACAAAGCGUGAAAUAAAUGGCAGCCGGAGCAGAGCGGCAAAUCCAAUUGAGGCAACUUGCUCGAGUGGCGUCCUGCAGCAUAAAUUCAAAACUUUUGGCAGUGCUGCAGCAGCAGCAGCAGCAGCGGCAGCAACAGCAACAGCAACAACAGCCACAACAAUGCCCAUGGAUGCGGCAUCAAACUACGUAAAUCCUGUCGCUACAUCAAUGUCAACCGCAAUGUGUUCACCGGCAACGGCGGCCCUGCAAAAAUUGUUCAAUUGCAGCGUCGGCGUCGCCUGCCAAAAUGUCACCCACGCCCACAGCAACCACAACAGCAGCAGCAACAUCCACGGCAGCAACAUCAACGGCAGCAACAACAAUGCCGCCGCGAGCAACCAUAACAAUAGGUGCCUGUCAGCGGCAGGCGGAGUAACCCAAAACGGCCGGAAUCGGAGCCGGAGUGGCGAAUCCUUGGAUGGCACAGCGGGAGUGGUUACCCCGACAGGCGGAGGAGCAGGAGCAGGAGCCGGAGGAGCAGCCACUGGGGGCCACCUACCCCUGCUGCCAAAGAAGAAAUGCACCAAUGUCAAAUCAGCGCUUAUUGCCAAGAAGACAAAGUUUCUCAAAUAUCUCGAAGAAGAAAAAUGGCGCAGCAACGCAGCAGCAUCGGAAGAUUCUGCUGGCGCCAUCAGCAGUGCGCCCCACUCCAGUGGCAACAACAAUGGUGGCAACUUGAAAAAUCAGAGCAACAGUCAGGAGGCUGGAAGUGCUGCAAAUGCUGCCAAUGCUGGUAAUGCUGGAACUGGCGGCAGUGGAGGCCAGCUGAAUAAAUUGACCAACUGGAGCAUGCAUAAUGAGGACAACAACACGGCGGCACUGACCGGCCAACAAUUGAAGCAACAUCUACAACAGCAGCGCCCGAAGUCGAGUUUCGAGCUCUACCAGGAGGCGGCCGACAUUUUGGGCCUGAGUUGCAGCCUCUGUGAUAAUUGCCGAUGCCUGGACUGCCAGAGCGGUUACUUUGACUGCGACGACGAUGACGAGAGCUACUCGGAGCAAUCGCUGAUGGACGAUGAGUACGAGGACGAGUUUGACUGCAGUGCGGAGGAGCUGCAGGCGGUGCUAACGGGAGGAGGACAUGGAGGUGGAGGUGCAGGAGGAGGAGGAGUCCCAAUCCCCCCCUGCUGCCAACUGGAGGCGAGCUCACACCUGCCGCACAAACGGGAUUCCCCGGACGCACACACUGCGCUGCCGGAUGUGGAAUCUCUGGGACAUCGGCUGGCCAUCGAUUUUGAUUUAAUUAACGCCACUUGCAGCCAAGUGCUGGAAAAUUGUGAAACAUUCAACGAUUUGAGUCUGCUAGAUGCCGGAGUGGAGCGUCCAUUCACGUAAAUCCAGGUGGAUGGCAGGGGAGUCCCCCAAUCAGGAAUGCCGAAUCGGACACUGCAGCUAAUUAAAGUUUAAUGUUUAACAAUGGUCGGAGCCCAUUAAUUGCAACCGACACCUUCUACAGUGGCUGCCAAUUGUAUGCGGACACACACCCGCCCCGGGUGUUUGCGUUUCAUUUGUUUUCUUAUUUUGAUUUCAAUUAAGCUCGGAGGCAAAUAGAACACGAGAGGCAUGAUGAAAAUGUUUUACUGGUUAACAGGAAGCUCUCGCUGCCAUAUAUAUACGAUAUAUCCUACACAAAUACGCAAUAUAUACCCGUGUAUAUAGUGGACAUUAUUAUGGACAACCUUAAAUCGUUAGCGUGGCGAGCGUGACGAGAUAUGGUAAACAAAACAAAUCGCAAAUAAAUUAAUUGGGAAUUGCGAAAUGCAAUUUCAAUCGAGGCAGCGGAAAUUCAAUUGCGAACACUAGCGAAAUUCAGAAACGAUUAUCAGUAAAUAUAAACCACAUAUGCAAAAACAAUGAAAAACAAAGUGUGCCAAUUUCAUAUUCAUAUAUGAAUAUUAUUCGAGCUGCAAUCCAUAUGCAUUGCAAACCAAAACGAAAUACAAUGGGUUUAUUUAGACCAUAAUCUGACAUCAGCAACAAAACUAUUUGAAAAUUCAAUGAAAUAUUUAUCUCGAAAUCGAUGUUGGUAGUGCUUAAGUAUUUAAGAAUUUUCGUGUGAUGCUUUUCAUUCGUUCAAUUGAUUUCAAAUCAAAGGGAAACAUUGGAAAUACAUAUAUUUGUGUUGGAAAAGAA